AUUCGUGCACACGUCCAAAUCCGCGUAGCUCAUGCUGGACCCAAUCCUAGCCCUCCAGAUCAGCAGAGAAGGUUAUAUUCUAUUUAGGAGAGGAUGACAACUGUCUUGGUUACGGCCUAACGCUUCCCCGCCCUUCUCUCUCCUUCUAUCAAACCUCCAGAGCUGUGCAUGUCCGGUUGCCACCCUUGUUUUACGUAAACGCCUGCUUGAAUCAUUCCAGCAUCCGAAACCACUCCACCAAACAAAUUUUUUUAGGUCUGAGAAGAAACAUUGAUUGAUUCCGAAACGAUUACCUCGCGAGAAAAGAUCGAGAACAAGAGCUUGCCGAUUCAUCGGCCCCGGAGUUCUUGUCAUGGCGCAGACGCCCCCUUCCAAUGGAAGGCCGGGCGACAUCCGCAUCUGGGUCGUUUCUGGCUUCUUUCUCAUCCUCCUCAUCAUAGCAGGAGUUUUGCUAGUCCUCUACUUUGUCCUCCCAGAGUCAGAGGUCACCGUCUGGUUCCCGUCGAUCGCAAUGAUCUUGGUCGGGAUCCCAUGGGCGUUCUGGAUCAUGACAUGCUUCUAUAGGUACAUGACGGGGAGGGGACCGGAGAUCGCAAACCGGCCACCGAACAGGGUCGGAACGGUCGCCCCGGCCCCAAGCAGUAAGACCAGCAAGACCAGUUCGGCAAACAAUGACUCGCCGGCCAAUUCCCCGGGCAGCGCUAGGGAUGUGCACUUUGGAGCGGCCGCCACCCCUGGAGGACCACAGCGGGUGGCCGGAGGAGCAGAAACAAGCGGCGUGAAGGUGGAUGUCGAUGCUGACAGAGAAUUCGAUGCCACAAAUAAACCAGCCAACUCCAACAACCAAGGUUCGUCGCUUGGAUCUCAUGAGAGUGAAAUGCCCUUAGCAUUGUCGAUGUCAUAGCCAUGGGAUUAUCGAUGCCUUGUAGCAUGAAACUUUGAUCAUACUGCAUGUCAUAGGUUAAAGAUAUCGAUGUUAUCAUCAGUACUGGACCUCCAACUGCUGUUAGAGAUGAAGAAUGGAGGCAAGAGAAGACUGUAAUCUGAUGACCUGUUCAUGUCUUCAUUACCAACGUCUGUAUGUUUUUUUCCCACCACAAUCAAUUUAUAGAGUUCAAGAGUUACUAUCU